CAUCGCAACGAACUCACCCACACCUCCAUACCUCCAACAACAAUGGCUUCUUCCACCUCGACUCUCAUUCCCUUCACCAUCUUAACCACAUUCCUCUUCUUCUCCUCCAUCUCGGCUUCUCCAUCAUCAUCCGAACCUACGAUCCCCAGGCGAGAAAUGCUCGAUGCAUUCUCGGCCCAGAUGCUUGCUGCUCACAACGCAGUGAGGGCAAGGCACCGCCUACCGCGACUGACGUGGAGCACCAAGUUGGCUAACUAUGCUAAAUGGUAUGCCAACCAGAGGAGGAAGGACUGCCGGCUGGUGCAUUCGACGGGGGAUUAUGGUGAGAACAUCUUUUGGGGUCAAGGGAAGCGAUGGAAGGGGACGGAUGCUGUCAAAGACUGGGCUGCUCAGGAGGUAUACUAUGACUAUGGACGUGAUGCUUGUAUGGCGAAUCGGGACUGCUUGCACUAUACACAGUUGGUGUGGAGGAGUACUAGGAGAGUUGGGUGUGCUAGGAUCAAGUGUGCCAAUGGCGAUACCUACGUCGUUUGCGAGUAUGAUCCUCAUGGCAAUGUAAUUGGCCAAAGGCCAUACUGAUCUGUUAAUGAGACUAAAUAUUUGUGAGCUUU